AUGGACGAUACUCAAAUCAAAAUCGAAGAACAGCAAACAUACCUUGGGAUAACCUUUGAUAAAAGAAUGACAUGGAAACAGAACAUAAUGUCAGCUAGGAGAAAACUUAAAAUCAUGAGAAAACUGGCAGAAACAAGCUGGGGUGCAAAUGAAACGGUAUUGAAAACUGUCUACCAAGGAAAAGUAAGACCACAUCUUGAGUACGGAUCUAGUGCAUGGUCAACAGCAUCCAAGAGUCACCUACAGACACUAGACAAAGUCCAGAACCAGGCAUUACGUAUCAUCACAGGAGGCAUAAAAUCAACACCAAUUGCAAGCAUGGAAGAAAUUACCAACAUACCACCAUUAAAUAAGAGAAGAGAAUGUAAAGCUAUGAUACAGGCCACCAAGUAUCAAUGCCUUCAGGAUCAUCCAAUGAGCCAGAGAAUGAAACAACUACAGCGAAAACAUCCACAAGACGAAAGACCACCUUUAAAGGAACGGCCGAUCAGACUAUAUAAACAUGACAUCCGACCAGAUGUAUACACAUUGAGAAACGGGGACGUUCUGCCAAAACUAGUUAAACCAAUAGAGAUCACACUUACAGCUAGCCCCUGUGCAGAGAAAACUGUAAAUGUCACCAUACACACCCCAGUCUCACAAAUCACUGCUAAAAACGAACAAUCAGAUUUGCCAGAGGCAAUCCCAACAGGCCUUCAUUGCUCCAACUACAAAGGCGAAGAAGAAACCAUCACCCAUGCAGUACGCUCCAUCAGAGACAAGUCCAACAUAACAACAAGUGUAGUAUUCCUGACAGAUGCCCUAUCUGUACUGCAAGCCAUUAACAAUGGUAAACUCCCCGUACUUGAACAAGAUCUACACAACAUCGAAAGCCUUCAAACAGCAUUACAAUGGAUACCAUCUCAUUGCGGAAUCAAGGGAAACAAAAAUGCCGAUCUGCUAGCAAAGGAGGGAGCCAAACAACAGCAAUAUGAAAACCAAGUUAGCUUCUCAGAGAUGAAAACCAUCAUCACAUCACUACACAGAACCCCUCAACAACAAGACAGCUAUAACCAACUGGCUAGACCUGAGCAGACGAACAUCUUCAGACAUAGGACAGGACACAACAGACUCAACCAACAUCUGCAUAGAGUCAUGAAAGUCAUACCAUCACCGAUGUGUACAUGUCGAGAAGCUGAUCAGAAUACAGAACACCUCAUACAACACUACAGAAUACACCAGGCACUGAGAAACAACACAUGGCCAACACCAACAACAUUUAAUAUGGAUCCCAUCAGGAGUGCACAAGACGUCAUCCGAUGUGACCUUUGUAAGACAGCUAUAAGGAAAGUCAUUGGAAAAGAUGCUGAAGAAUUAGAAAACUCAAUUUCUCCAACGUAUGCAGAAAUUGCAAUUGAAUUAGAAACCCAGAUAGCUAACUUAGAUGGAAAAUAUGGAUAUUUUACAACAGCGUUGAUCAAAUGUGGAGAAGAAUGGCACAGAGAAGUCGAUAUAAUUGUCGAGAAAUUAAGAAUUGAAAUAGAAAAAGGGAAAUUGAAGCAUAAGAGUAUUCUAGAGGAUCAUUGA